AAAUAAAUCUAUGAGUAAAAACAUUGUGUCACAAGAAAAGUGUUAUUCUACUCUACUCUACUCUCUAGGUUCCAGAUCUAGCCUAGAAAAUCUAGAUAUCUAUUUAGAUUAUAUAGAAUAGAUCUAGCACCAGAUCUGCAAGUUUUCUCAUUUUGCCAUGUUGGUGAAAUUUGCAUAGAGGAAAAUUUGAAAUUCAUCUGUGCCCUUUUUUCCUAUUGGAGUCUCAGUAUAAAAAAAUCAAUUCUUGUUUAAAACAACCACAAAAAAAAGCCUACAAACAAGUCAUCAUCUGUUAUCUCUUUUAUAAGUUGUAAACACAAUCCAUCACCACAAUGCCUCUCGAGUUUCUCUUUGGUCGUAAAAAGACCCCGGAAGAAAUGCUGAGACAAAACCAGAGAGCUCUGAAUAAAGCAAUGAGAGAUCUUGAUAGGGAAAGACAAAAGAUGGAGCAGCAGGAGAAGAAAGUGAUUGCAGAUAUAAGAGCAAUGGCCAAAAAAGGCCAGAUGGAUGCUGUAAGAAUCAUGGCUAAAGACUUGGUACGAACCCGGAGGUAUGUUAAAAAGUUCAUUUCCCUAAGAGCAAACAUUCAAGCUGUGUCCUUAAAAAUACAAACCCUCAAGGCUAAUAACACAAUGGCUCAGGCCAUGAAAGGAGUCACCAAAGCAAUGGCAACAAUGAACAGACAGCUGAAAUUGCCACAGAUCCAGAAGAUUAUGAUGGAAUUUGAGAAACAGUCAGAAAUUAUGGACAUGAAGGAAGAAAUGAUGAGUGAUGCUAUUGAUGAUGCUCUUGGUGAUGAAGAUGAUGAAGAGGAAAGUGACGCCAUUGUAUCGCAGGUGUUGGAUGAAUUAGGGUUACAGAUGGCUGAUGAAAUGUCAGGUUUGCCAAGUACAGGCAAAACAAUAUCUGCUGGGGAAAGCAGCAGGGCACCUCAAGCGGCCGCUGCAGUGGCUGACGCAGAUGCAGAUCUUGAAGCCAGAUUAGACAAUUUGAGAAGACAAUAGUUCCGGCACAAACCUUGUGUAAUCUUUGUUGUGUACAGGCUUUCUAUUUUAGAAUCAUGUCUAUUAUAAGCAACAAUUAUUUGUCUUUUUUUUUUAAAGUAUUGUAAUAAGUUUUGUUUUUGUCUUGUACACAAGUACUAAGACUAAUCAAUCAUACCAGUGGUUCCCAAACUUUUUUUUAUCUGGCAGACCCCUUGGAAAUCCUCAUAGACCUCUGGGGGUCUAUAUAGACCACUUUGGGAAUAACUGAAUUAUACCAAUUAGAGACUUGUAUAUAUUCAUUUGUAGUUUUUGAGUUAAAUCCAAAUUAGCAAAAAUGUUUUUUCUUCAAAGAUCUAGUUUUUUUCAUAUUCCAAACAGCUCUUUUAAUUUUAGCCAUUCAUUAAUUAGUUACUUUAAAAGUUUGUUACAUUGAACUAUGUAUCUCCAAGUAUUUGAUAAAGAUAGAAUAGACAUUUUGCUUUUGUAGCUUCUCUUACUAACAUUUUUUUUUUUUUUUUAAAGUUGAUAGUUUUAUAACAGAGCCCUGUAAUUCUACCAUAAGAAGUGAAUGUGAAAUUUCUUUUAUUGCUCUGAGAUGUAUGUGUGUGUGUGUGUG